AUGUGGCUUCUUACAGGUCUCGCGGCUUCCAGUCUUGUAACUCUUGCUGCAUCCAAGUUAAAUAACGUCGCCGCCCACCUAUCGCCUCAAGAGACACGACUCCUAUUAGUGGAGCGUCUAGGUGUCUCUAGAUUCCAUGAAUUGAACCUCCAAGGGACAAACGUUCGUAAGACAUACCCAGAUAUGUCUCUCUUUGAAGAAAGAGAGGCGACGGGCAUGUUCAUAGAAAGCCCACGGAAAGGGAACUUUAUUCUUUCAUUGGCAGGCAUGAUAGACAAUCAAUUGGACCCUGAACUAUCUUCAACCAUUAUUAUUGACGGCUCAUCAAACCCAAAUGAAGACACACCUACAGCCUCAUCCGUCGCGAAUCUACUCUCAUGCCUUGCUACCGAAAAGGCCGAGCUUUCUGGGCUUCACAAAAAUACUUUCUCAGACGGUCUGUGUGUAUCUAUUCCCAAACUAGAGGAACUUGCAAGGUUCGAAGCUGUGCUCAACAAAGAUGGUUUUCCAACAAGACUACCUGAAGACCUUCAGCAACUUACAUCGACUCUCGACCCGACUGAAGAGUCUCAAUCAAGUUACCUACUCCGACACACUCCAUCAUCCAUAAAAAGCACUAUUCUCCUCCUACCCCAAUCUAGUGAAGCUUCACACGCUAAACGGGAGGAGAAGCCUCUUUCCAUCAUCCAACCCUCACCAAGCUCUAGCUCCAGUCUCGACUCUAACUUCGACACCACACCCAAUUCAGCAAAACAAAUUCUUGGUUCUGGCCUCAUUGCGCGCUGCCAUUCUACAAAAGAUGCCUGUGAAUCGUCUACCGCCAACUGCUCUGGUCGUGGUACCUGUACUAAGGCCAUUCAAGCGGGUUCCAAUUCUUGCUGGACUUGUUCAUGUAAUCCACCUGUUCGCAAAGAUGGUGUUAAAACAACUACAUGGGCAGGAGCUGCAUGCCAGAAAAAGGAUAUCAGUGUUCCAUUCAAUAUGUUUUUGGUGUUUGGCAUUGUCAUUACCUUCGUUCUUAUUGCCGCUAUCAACCUGCUAUACGGCAUUGGGGAUGAACCGCUACCGAGACUUUUCGAGUCAGGACCUCAGUUGCUAGAAUGA